AACUUUAUGUUACAGAUCUGAUCUUUUUAGCAUGAAUUUACAUACCCACAAUUUAAUCUCAGUAUAUAUACAGCUAUACACAUAGAUACAGAAAUUAGGAUUAGGGUUUUGGAUGAUAUUUUUGUGUGUGUGUGCGUGUUUGGAUAAAUGGGGUGCAGAGCUUCAAAAAUUGAUGAUCUGCCAUUGGUAAUAAGGUGUAAAGAAAGAAAAAGACUGAUAAAGAAUGCAGCUGAUUAUCGGUAUGAUUUAUCGAAUUCGCAUCUAGCUUAUUUUCAUUCACUUAAAGAUAUAGGUUAUGCACUUUCAAAAUUUGUUGAUGAACAGCUUGUUAUACCUUCCCCCUCAUUGUCAUCAUCAGCUUCAUCACCUGUACUUACAUUGCCAUCUGAUUUAGGUAAGAUUAGCAGUAAGAAUGCUAAGCAUAAUGGGUCGGAUUCUUCGGGCUCGAUCUCGAUUUUGCAUAAUCAUGAUGGGGGUCAUGUGGGUUCUGGGUCUGAUUCUGAUUCUGAUAUGAGUUCAGAUUUUCAUGGUCAUGACAAUGGUCAUAUUCAUAUACAUGAUGAUGAUGAUGAUGAGCAUGAGCAUGAUCAUCAUGAUGAUAAUGGUGGAUUUGAACAUAAGCCACAAGAAUUUUCGUCAUAUAACAGGCCGCGUGAAUAUAAUGAGAUGGAUAUGAAUGACCCGUAUUUGAUUAAUAGAGAGAUACCGGUUUAUAGAGGACCUGAACAGGCUAAUUGGAGUGACCCAUUUUUAAAUAGCAGAGGACCAAUGCCGUAUCAACCUUAUGGGGUGAAUCCGUCUGUACUGCCAUAUCAGCCUCCUUGGGGAUUAAACCAAACUGGUUGGGGUGGAGGUGGGGGUGGGGAUGACCCAUAUACGGUUAACCCAUCCGCGUCGCAAUAUCAACCUCCUUGGGGUACGUAUCAAGAGAAUUUCGAUUCUUACAAUGGAUAUAAUGGGAACCCGGGUUCAAAUUCAUAUUCGAAUCAGUAUGUUAAUUAUAUGAAAAAAUCUGCCCCAGCUAGCCGUACUGUGAUUCAACCCGGGGAAACAAGGGGAUUUCAGGAGACAUCUCAAUGGGUUGAUCCUUCACAUUAUGAUCCAUAUGGAAGUGCAUAUGGGUAUGGGUUUUCUUAUGGUGGGGGACCCAUGCCACCUGCUCCCCAAGAACCUAAGAAACCCAAAAGUCCUCCACCGCCUCCUCCACCAAUGGAAUCUGAUUAUCUCAACUUUUUUGAUGCAUAUGAUAAUGAAUACGGGUUUAAAUAUGGGUAUGAGGAGUCAGUGGGUAGUAGUCCCGAUUCCAGUAUAGUGAGGAGGCGGGAGGGAAUUCCUGAGUUGGAAGAAGAAACAGAAACCGAGUCUCAUUAUGAAGAUGCUGUGAAGGGGCACACAUCUAGUACAAAGAGAAGUAUAGGUGAACGAAAAGAAGAUAGUGAAGGCAGUUCAUGGAGGGAGCCUUCCAGUAGUACUGGGGGUAGUUCUAUAAGAAUACCGCCUGGGAAAAGCGAAGGUACUGCGAAGACAUCACAUAGUGAAGGCAAUUAUACUUCAGUACCAUCAGAAAAUAAUGAAGGGGCACAUUCGGUUAACACUGAAUUAGACAAACAUAGCCCCGAGACAGUUGUUUUACAUAGCAUGGAUGAGGGUUAUGAGGGUAAAAAAGGGGGAAGUUUUGAUAUAGAUGAGGGGUCAACACCAGAGAUUGAAUCCUCUAUUCUGAGUAGUUUUACAACAUUAUCUGCUCAUGGUUCUCGGGAUCUUCACGAGGUAGUUAAUGAAAUCAAGGAUGAAUUCGAGACUGCUUUUAGUUAUGGAAAAGAAGUUGCCUUGAUGCUUGAAGCUGGGAAGUUGCCUUACCAAUCAAGGUUUGCUGUUCUUAAGGUUGUACUAUCCAAGGUUUUCUAUCCGUCGGCAUCUUCCUCGACAUCUUCAUACCACCCCAUACAAUCUGCCAGCUCCAGGUCUCGAGUUAUAAAGUUAGCAGGAUCCUAUAAGGUGGAUGAUGUCCCAGAAGAUAGGUCUGUUAAACUUUCUUCUACUUUGGAGAAGCUAUAUAUGUGGGAGAAGAAGUUAUAUAAGGAAGUAAAGGAUGAAGAGAGGAUAAGAGUGAUGUACGAAAAAAUGUACAAGAGGCUGGCUCAAUUGGAUAAAUCUGGAGCAGAAUAUAGUAAGAUCGAAGCUGCAGAGGCUUCUAUAAAAAGCUUGAUGACUAAACUUAAUUUAUCUAUCAAAACUAUUGAUGCCAUAUCUAGCGAGAUACACAAAGUGAGGGACAUGGAACUUCAUCCACAAGUCAGUGAGCUGAUCUAUGGACUGAUAAGAAUGUGGCAAUCAAUUGUGAAAUGUCACCGAAAGCAGUUUGAAGCUAUCAUGGAGAGCAGAAGCCGGACUUUAAGGGCAAACACCAGCAUCGAAAGAGAUUCAAGCUUGAGAACCACGCUUGAGCUCGAAACAGGACUUGUAACUUGGGCCCAGCAUUUUAAUAACUGGAUUAAUGCUCAGAAGUCAUAUGUGGAUUCCUUAAAUGGGUGGUUACUACAAUGCAUUGAUCAUGAACCCGAAACAACUAUUGAUGGUGAGGUUCCUUAUUCCCCGGGUCGGUUAGGAGCUCCUCCAAUUUUCAUCAUUUGCAACGAUUGGCAGCGGGAGAUCAAAAGCGUUUCACAAGAACGAGUCUCCAAAGCAAUGAAUAACUUCGCUAUGAAUUUAAGGCAAUUGCUGGAAAGACAAGAUGAUAUACAACGACUUAUGCUAAAAAAAGAACAUCUUGCCAAGGAUUUUGCAAGAAAACGUCAAAAUCUUGGGCCAGAUGAACCACAUGGGUCAAUGGUUCCAUCUGAGAGCCCAGUAGAUCUGGAUUAUAAAGAAGCUAUGAAGUUAGUUAAGAAUGUUGGUUCAGGCAGUUUACAAGGUGGUGUAAUUCCAAUUUUCAAGGCCCUAGAGAAUUUUACCUGUGACGCUUUAAAAGCUCAUGAGCACGUAAGGCUGCAAUAACAGGCUAUGUAGGAAAUUUGUGAAGCUAAUUGUAAUGCUUAUUACUAAUUCAUUAGACGGUUUUUUGGCCUAUUAGUAUCAGUAAAUUUUAGGACCGAUUUUGCUAGACUAGUGAUAUCGAUAAAAAGCACUUCGUAUUAGGCAAUUGAGAGGAAACUAGAAGAACCUGUUUUGUAGAGAUCCAAAAUGUUUAGAUGGUCUAACAAUUCCUUUCAGACAGUACUCUUGCUAAUAGAAGUUUUUGUACAUAUGAUAGCUUUGCUACUUUUAUUUUGUCUAAAUAAAUAUGCUUCAUUAUUUUAUGAGAAAA